CAGCCUCCUCCCCACAGCGGAGAACGCGCGCGUGUGUCUGUGUGUGUGUGUAAGUGCGUGUAGGUCCGACCCACGCUGCGCCUCGGAACUCGGAACUCGGACGCGCUCUUCUGAAGCGAAGCUCAAGAAAAUAAGAUGGAGAAAAAGAGCGAGAUCAACGGGCACGCCGUGCCCGACCCGGCGUCCACCGGGCGGACCGCGGAGCCCGGCGCGCGGCGGGGCUGCGCGGAGAAGCUGAAGGAGUUCCUGAGGAAGAACCUGCUGGUGAUCAUGACGGUGUCCGGCGUGCUGGUGGGCGUCGGGCUCGGCAUGCUGGUCCGCGGCAUGGACCUGACCAAGGCGCAGAUGGCCCACUUCGCCUUCCCCGGCGAGAUGCUCCUGCGGAUGCUGAAGAUGAUCAUCCUGCCCCUGGUGGUCUGCAGCCUCGUGUCCGGCGCCGCCAGCCUGGACACGCGCUCCCUGGGGAAACUGGGGGGCAUCGCGGUCGCCUACUUUCUAGUGACCACGCUGAUCGCCUCGAGCAUCGGGGUCGCGCUGGCCUUCAUCAUCAAGCCCGGCGUGGGCGCGGGGUCCCUGAGCCUGGGACUGGAGACCGUCAGCAGCAACAAGGAGACCGCCGACUCCUUUUUGGAUCUGGCCAGGAAUUUAUUCCCAGCAAACUUGGUGGCUGCUGCUUUCCGUUCUUAUGCCACAGAGUACAAGAUGGUUGCUGCAGGGAACGACGCCAAUGGGACGACCCUUUAUCAAAAGGUGCCCGUUGGUACUGAAACAGAUGGCAUGAACAUCCUGGGUCUGGUGUUAUUUGCCAUGGUGUUUGGUGUGGCGCUAAGGAAGCUGGGAGAGGAGGGGGAAGAACUUAUUCGGUUCUUCAACGCCUUCAACGAGGCCACUAUGGUGCUGGUGUCCUGGAUCAUGUGGUAUAUCCCUUUUGGCAUCAUGUUCCUGGUGGGCAGUAAGAUUGUGGAGAUGGAAGACGUGGUUCUUCUGGUCACCAGUCUGGGAAAAUACAUCUUUGCUUCAAUCCUGGGACACGUCAUCCACGGGGGCGUCGUCCUGCCUCUCAUCUAUUUUGGCUUCACGCGCAAGAACCCGUUCACUUUCCUGUCGGGCCUCAUCACGCCCUUCACCACAGCUUUUGCCACCUGCUCCAGCUCAGCAACUCUCCCCUCUAUGAUAAAAUGUGUGGAGGAGAACAACGGCGUGGACAAGCGCAUCAGCCGCUUCAUCCUCCCCAUCGGGGCCACCGUCAACAUGGACGGAGCGGCUAUAUUCCAGUGCAUCGCCGCCGUUUUCAUCGCUCAGCUCAACAAUUUUGAGCUGAACGCCGGGCAGAUCUUCACCAUCCUGGUGACAGCCACAGCGUCGAGCGUCGGUGCAGCAGGCAUCCCGGCCGGCGGCAUCAUUACCAUCGCCAUCAUCCUGGAGGCCAUUGGCCUUCCGACCAAGGACCUGUCCCUCAUGCUGGCUGUUGACUGGAUUGUGGAUCGCACCACCACGGUGGUGAAUGUGGAGGGCGACGCUCUGGGUGCCGGAAUCCUCCACCACAUCAACCAGCAGGAGAUGAAGAAGCAGCAGGAGCAGCAGCAGGACAAGGAGCUGUCGGAGGUGCGCGUGGAGGCGGUGGCCAACGUCCAGGCGGAGGAGGAGACCUCGCCGCUUGUCACGCACCAAACCAAAGCCUCCGCGGCCAUGCCGGAAGCCAUUGAGUCUGUCCUGUGAGGCUCAGAGAGACUUUCUAUUUGUUCGGCCCCCAACCGCCCCCCUCCGUGACCUUUUUGAGCUUUCGGUACUUGUGAUGUUGCCACUGCCGGGACGCGUUCUGACUCCGUUCAAAAAAUAAGGUCACAGAGGGAUUCGCUUGUGAGGGAGGUGCCAUACAGCAGCAACAGUCUACAGUUUACCCUGUUCGGCUGUUGCGCUUUUUACCUGGGUUUGCAUCCAAGAAUUUUCCUGCAGAAUAGGAUAUAAUGAAUUUCUGAAUUUUUCAUUUGAAAAACAUUUCCUCAAAUUAUCGUAUUGUGCGAUAAUUAGUGACGGAGAAAAUAUAUAUACUAAAUUCAAUAUACAAAUUAUACCGAAAACAUUCCCGUAAAUGUCGUAGUUGUGUUUGUCAGGUGUGCUGUGCAGGAUGCUCACGGCCAUAAGUUUGUAUAUUAGAGCAUCGUCAAGUGCAUUUCUUUUUUUAUCUUCAGACAGCAAAUACAACGAUCAACUUUAACCGUAGAACACUUAACAACUCGCUAAAUGCUGAUCAGCUCACAACUUAAUUACACAAUCUGGAUGGCUGUUCAAUCACUUCAACUCAGUUGACGGAAUGUAUUUGCCUUUUAUUUAUUAGCUUGCUGGCGUCAUGUUCUUUGCUGAAUGGAAAGAGCAAACAUUUAAUAUCAAAUCAGAGUGAGAAAUUUGGUUUAAAAAUGGUUGUUUUGCAUAAUACAGAGUGCUGUUUUAAAAGUACCAAUGCUUCUAUUUGCUGACCGUCAACCGCAAAUGUCAAACAUUAACCACCUUUAAUGACGGGCUAAAUAUUUGGCCUCUUGCAACCUCGAGUGACACAGUGAGAUAGAGACCGAGUGGUCCAAUAGGUAAAGUAUUUAGAGCCUUGGGCCAUUUGAAAUGGUGUGUCAUAAUUUGUGUUAAAUCCCUGACCAAUCCUAUUCACCUUUGAGUAAACAGAAUGUCGGGGUCAUGGUUCCCUCACUUAGUACUGAAAAUUACCUCACAAAAAUCCAAGUGAAAAGAUUAAAAAAGACAGGUAACUUAUCUUCCUGUUCGUUUCCCAGCUGAUAUCAGUAUUUUACACACAUGAUGCUCUAAUUCUGUAAUGAAAGCAGUUCAUGGCUGCUUUAGAAAUGUGACUAUUGAGUCUGUAUCGGCGACUCAACGUGGCUACACACUUAACCAGCCUGUCGCCUUAGCUAGCUAGCUAUCAAAAGUUUCAGAAUGAAUCAGUAGUUUUGUAAUUGGGGGCAAGUAAGCUGUGCAUAUGUGUGUGUGUUGGUAUCUUUCUUACCAAUUUGUUGACUUAAUAUUCCAAUUUAUUUAUAAAAGUAGCUUGUUGCCUUUGCUAAUUGGUUUGAGAAACACGUUACCAGGGAGUCUAACAGUAGUUAGUAGUUUGUUUUGGGCUUUGUUUGCCAGCUAGCCAGCUAAAUCAAACUUAAACAUAAAGCUAACUAUGACUGUUGCUCUCGUUUCUUAGCUAAUGUUUGCUUAGCUGAUAUUUCAGGUGUUUAGAUUAAGUUGUGUUUGGCUAGCGAUUGUUUCAAACUAACAUAGUAUGAGAAGAUUGAUUUUUUUUUGUUAAAAAAUAAGCUGCCACUCAAAAAUAGGACCGAAUUGAAAAUUUCCGGCCCUGUUGAGAUGACGAACAAGCUACUUAAAAACCACCUCACAGGAUUCUGUUGAAGACUUAAGCCACAAUUAAAGUUGAUCCAACGCUGGUUUGCAAGUACUGUUCAACAUGAAAACACUCCAGUCCCGCCUUAUUUACAACAGACAUUAAAUUCAUGGCUGUCGGUAAUUCAGGAUUAGUCUCAUUAAAUUUAUAAGGAAUUCAAAACAUCAAAGCUUCAUCAAAUGUUUACGGGCAGAAACUGGACCCAAAAUGCAUGACGAGUUCAGAUCACACUGUACAUUGAUACACACUUUGAUUGUUUUCUAACUGGGGUUUCUAAUGCUUGCGUCAUCAUAAAAGCCUGAAAGGCUAUUUUAAUUGUUUUACUGACAACUGACUAUUUUGUAAUUUGGUCUGUGUGAUUCGCUCACAAUGAACUGUGGUUGCUACUGUAGAUGUCUCUAAAGGGAACAUUGGACUUUGCCAUAGCUCUUUGUGUAAAUGUGGAUUUCCCUGCUAUGGGGAUGAAAUGUGUAAAACGGGAUUUGCAUCUUAGCUGACGUCGGUGCUGUAUGAGACACCGUUUGGCAUGAAGGAAACUGCCAAAUUUGUGGUGGUUCAAACUUCAACACAAUGCAGGACGAGACCGAGGAUCAGCCUGUGCUGUCCUCUGGUGGUGACGGGUGUUAAUACGAAAGUAGCAAACUGAGGGUGACGGCAGAACAGAGCUCUGUUGGACCAUUUUUGUGCCUGUCUACAACACAUGAUGUGAUUAAAUCUGUGGUAAAGUGCUCUAUUAAUUUGAUGCAACAUUCAUGAGGAAACAACUGGCGAUGUGGCUGCUCCUGUGAUAUUAUAACGUAUUUUAAUAGGUGAAUGAACAUCAUGUGUGAACCAGGUGCUGCUGAAGUUAUGGAUCAUGGUGUGUAUGUUGAGACUGUCAAAAAUAAAGAAGUAAACUAGUAUUUCUUGUCAUUUUAGAUUAAACAGGUGACUUUUCUAAGCUAACAACUGCUCUGUUAACACAACGCUCUGUGAAUAAUGUUGAUGAGUGAAUCUGCUACAAUCACAUCUAAUUACGCAUUAUGUCGUACAUGUGCUCAAUAUAUAUACGUAUAUAUUUGAUAUUCAUUUAUUGUAAUCCUUUGUAUCUUCUCAUUUCAAUACUUUCCUUAAGUGUACAUUUUUUUAAUUAUGAUGUGAUUUUUUAAUGACCACUUUUGCCAGUUUAUCUGAUGAACUGCUGUCAGCAAUGUAAUUCAAUUCCUGUUGUGUCAUUUGACCUUUUAGGAGUAGCCAUGUCAAUGUGUAACACUGUUUACAGCUGUUUCUGCUGUUGGUUCUGCUGUCUGUCAACAUUAAAAGUGAUACAGUACGUUUUUCACGCAACCCAAA